CACCGCUCCCCCCUCUGCUCCCACGCGCCAAAACAUUCCAACGUGGAGACAGCAGGUACAGCGUGACAACGAGGAAGCCAUGGACGUGACCAUGGAGGACGUGGUCGGGGAUCUCGAGAUCUCCGGCUAUAGCUCCAUCUCCACCUCCCCGUCCUCCUCCCUUGACGACGGCAUGGGGCUGUACGGCUGGAAUGCGCUCUCCCCGGUCGCCGACUGGGGCCUGUUCUCCUCCGACGACGGCGGCCACGACCUCCACGGCCUGAUCGAGUCCAUGCUCUGCGAUGACGCUCUCAUCGGCAAGCCCGACGAGCACCCAACCAUGUUCACGGACGGCCCCUGCUACUCCAACGCGUCCGAGCCGAGCAGCACCACCACGACGAACCCAGGCACGCCCGUGCAGCACGACGACACGCCGGACUGCAAUCCCGAGAAGGGCCUCCGGCUGCUGCAUCUCCUCAUGGCCGCCGCCGAGGCGCUCUCCGGCCCACACAAGAGCCGGGAGCUGGCACGGGUGAUAUUGGUUCGGCUCAAGGAGAUGGUCUCCAGCACCAGCGGCAACGCCGGCGCGUCCAACAUGGAGCGCCUCGCCGCGCACUUCACCGACGCGCUCCAGGGGCUCCUCGAUGGGUCCCACUCCGUCGCUGGGACCAGCAGGCAAGCCGCCAUGGCCGCGUCACACCACCACAGCACCGGCGACGUGCUGACGGCAUUCCAGAUGCUCCAGGACAUGUCGCCGUACAUGAAGUUCGGCCACUUCACCGCGAACCAGGCGAUCCUGGAGGCAGUGGCGGGCGACCGGCGCGUCCACAUCGUGGACUAUGACCUCGCCGAGGGCAUCCAGUGGGCAUCCCUGAUGCAGGCCAUGACCUCACGACCCGACGGCGUGUCGCCUCCGCACCUGCGUAUCACCGCCAUCACGCGGAGUGGCGGGGGCGGUGCGCGGGCAGUCCAAGAGGCCGGACGGCGCCUCGCGGCCUUCGCGGGAUCCAUCGGACAGCCCUUCUCGUUCGGACAUUGCCGUCUGGACUCGGACGAGAGGUUCCGGCCGGCGACGGUCAGGAUGGUCAAGGGGGAGACGCUCGUGGCCAACUGCAUACUCCACCAAGCCGCGGCGACGACCACCGUCAGACGGCCCACCGGCUCGGUGGCGUCGUUCUUGACCGGCAUGGCCUCUCUCGGGGCCAAGGUGGUGACGGUGGUGGAGGAGGAAGGGGAAGCGGAGAAGAACGAGGAGGAGGCGAGCGACGCCGCGGCGGGAGGCUUCGUGGGCCGGUUCAUGGAGGAGCUACACCGGUACUCAGCGGUGUGGGACUCGCUGGAGGCCGGGUUCCCGACGCAGAGCCGGGUGCGCGGCCUCGUAGAGCGGGUCAUCCUCGCCCCCAACAUCGCCGGCGCCGUGAGCCGCGCGUACCGAGGGACGGACGGCGAGGGCAGGCGCGGGUGGGGCGAGUGGAUGCGCGGGAGCGGGUUCGAGAUGGUGCCGCUGAGCUGCUUCAACCACAGCCAGGCCAGGCUGCUCCUCGGGCUGUUCAACGACGGGUACACGGUGGAGGAGACGAGACCGAACAAGAUCGUGCUCGGCUGGAAGGCCCGGCGGCUGCUGUCGGCCUCCGUGUGGGCGCCGCCGCCACUGUCGGUGCCAUCGUCGCCGGCAGACGGGGUGUGCCAGCCCAUGGGGAUGGCGCCGUCCAGCGGCGGCUUUGGCCGGACGGAGUACGACUACGUUGACUCGUUCCUUGUGGAACCUGCUUACGCGCUAGUCUGAACUCUGAACUUUGCAAGCAGGUUUUGCUUAGUCGAUAAUAGUUGGGGUAGUCAGCUUUAGCUCGAAUCGUCGUGUAAAAUAUUCACAUGUAAAAAAUCUAGUUGCUAUGUUAGUGUAGAUCCCGUUCGUGUGUCAAAUACUGUCAAUUGCAAGACGUUGAGAGUUGCUAAAUCUAGGCCCAAUCUACUUCUACUGAUUGGCUUCUGACGUAUCGGUAGAAAUCUGAGUUAGAACAUAUCAGUGAAAGUCAAUUCUGAUCUGUGAUCCGAAUAUGACUGACUGUGAUGUAGAAACAU